CGCUCCUGUGGAAGGCUGCGGUGCAGCCGCCGUGCCGCUGGCUCCCUGAGGGGGCGCUGGGCAGUGCCGAGGGGGCGGCGCGCAAGCGCGGCGCGGGGCCGGGCGGUGCCGUGGGCGGCCGUGAGGCGGCGGCUCCAUGAACGGCAGCCGCCGGGCGCUCGUUGCCUCCCUGCUGCGGGGGCUCCUCGGCCCCGCCGCCCUCAGCCUGGGCAGGAGCAUGAGCCUCUGCGAGGCGCCGGCUGCGGGCGGCACCGGCACCGAGCCUAGCGGCUUCUCCUCGUCCUCGGCGCGGCUGAGCCCACCGUGGCUGCGGCUGCCCGAGGUGCCGGGCGCGGAGCCGCAGCGGGCCAACGAGCUGCUGCUCUUGCUGCCGCCGGCCCCGCGCGGCCCGGCCGCGCCUCAGCAUCACGUCGUGUACUUCCCGGGGGACGUGCAGAACUAUUAUGACAUCAUGUCUUGCCACCCAGAAAACUUUCAGUGGGAGCAUUGGAGCUUUGAAAAUGUUGCUACCAUACUUGCUCGCCGAUUCCCUAAUAGCUUUAUUUGGGUCGUGAAGUGUUCUCGAAUGCACCUGCACAAAUUCAGUUGUUAUGACAACUUUGUGGCUAGCAACAUGUUUGGAGCACCAGAGCACAGCACUGACUUUGGAGCCUUCAAGCAUCUCCAUGCAUUGCUAGUUAAUGCAUUCAGGUUCUCUCAGAAUAUUCUGCUGUCCCAGAAAACCGUGCAUGGUUUCAGAAAGGAUGCAAAAAUAUCUGCUUGUAAAUCACAGCCGCAGUCUCCACCUACAGCAAAUGGCUGCUCAUCCACAGAAAGAGAGAGAGAUUGUGAAUGCUCUAAUAAUUCUGCUAUGGACUUCGUUAUGCCAUCUGCUGUAGGCGCUGUGUCAUUUACUUUGAUUGGCUUCAGUAAAGGUUGUGUGGUUUUGAAUCAGCUGCUUUAUGAGCUGAAGGAAGCUAAAAAAGACAAGAAUACAGAUGCCUUUGUAAAAAACAUAAAAGCAAUUUACUGGUUGGAUGGCGGUCACUCGGGAGGAAGCAAUACUUGGGUUACUUACCCUGAAGUGCUGAAAGAACUUGCACAGACAGGAAUUGAAGUUCACACUCAUGUUACUCCAUACCAAGUGUUUGACACAAUGAGGUCAUGGAUUGGGAGAGAGCAUGAGAAAUUUGUACAGAUACUUGAAGAACUUGGUGUGGAAAUAAAUGAUCAAAUACAUUUUGCUGAUGAAGUUCCCUCCUUGGAUAACCAUUUCAGAGUUCAUGAAGUAUUUUGAGACUGUAUCUGAGUAGUACAUUCAUUGCAAAAGCACUUUUGACACUAAGUCCUGACAUCUAGAUUUACAACUUUGAGCUUUCUGAAGAGAAUACUAAAUCAGUCCUGAGUUACUAAUGGAUACUAUACGUGCAUUUCAAUAGCUUAAAAAGGAGGCCCCCUACCUGCAGGAGAUGUCAUUUGAUUCCUGGAAGGAAAAAAAAGAAGUUAUGAUUACCAUUAUGAUCAUGAUGAUUAUUGAUGAUCAUUAUGAUUAUGAUCAUCAAGUUAUCAUUCUAUAUGUUUUGUGUUACGUGUGAGCAUUUGUUGUCGAAAUGUUGACAGAAUUUUUAGUCCUGGAUGUCCAAAGUUGUAUACUGCUUCUAAUGGGAGUUUUAAGUGCUCAAGACCUUCAAUUGUCUGGAUGCUUCAGUUUAGUAGCUUCCAGGGCUGAAAAUUUUGGUCUGUCAAUAGCAGGUACAGCAUUAGUUUUUCAGUAUAAGGAUAGUGGUGACUGUUAUCGUAGUCUUAGGUAUGUAUUUUGGUGAAAAGUGCUUUCAAUAGUUAAUUAGAUCUUCCAGUUUUGCAGCAUUUCUCCUAACUGAAACAAAAUCUCAAGUAUUUACCUUUGGAAUAAUUGUGCCAACCUGUUUUUCUUCUUUAUGAGCGCUUUGCCUUUUCUGUGGCUAUACAGUUUCCUUAACUCAUUGCCUAGCAUUUUCUAGUGAAUAGCCAGUUUGCCUGGGGAGCUUGAAAAUUUUGACACAAUUGUGUCAAGUGACCACGAAUGUUCAUAAGGGUGUAGUCUUAUCGCUGUUUCAACAUACUUUGCUAUUGCUUUGACUAUCUUCUAUAAGGACCAGCAGAAAUAUCUGCAUUUUCAACUCAAGACGUCUCUUUAUCCCUUCUGACCUUGGAUGGGUGAGGUUUUUCUUCCAAAUUGCAGCAUUGGUGUUCAUCUAAAUCUGGCCAUAAGUACAUGAUGAGAAGUUGCAUAAAAAAUAUUAGACUGUGUUGACUGUAGCUGUUUAAUAAUGCUCCCAUUUCUAGAACUGUUCUCUCCUUUAGAUGUACUGCAGUAACUGUUAAUACAGCCACCCAAAAAAUCUAUUUUCAGAGCUCAGUGCUCAAUAGAGAAAACAAACAAAAACUCAACAACUCUAAUUAAAUACAGAGGUAGACAAAUCAGAUGGAAAACAUGUAAUCUCUUUCAGGCCCCAAACCUGGAAGUUCUUCAGAAAAAGAAACUACUGAAAGAUGGACACAUGGGGAUAUUACAACUUUUCUACUGUCGUAACUUUUUCCAUUUAUCUACAAAUAAAUCCUAGGGAGUCCCUUGCAUAACAACUGCAGCUUUCAACAAUAAACCUGUAGCUUAAAAUGGUUCUGGAUUUUCUGGAAGCACAGAAAUACAAAAGCAAGUUAGCAAAGCACUGUGAAGAUCACACAAACAAAUGCAUCUAAAUUCUGAAAAAAAAUGUAUUAUACUCAGCUUUGUUCCUGUGUUUGACUGUUUAGCAAAACAUUCCCUGUAUUUUUUGCUGCUUUUUACUCUUACGCUGUGAAAGGAAGGAUGGACCUGUGUCAUCUUUCCUCUGUUAGCAUCCUUUAAAUAUAUAGGGUUCACUGGAGAUGGUAUUUUGACAGCUCUUUCAGGGGUAGUGAACAUGUUAAUGACCAUUGAAGAAUGAGAAACGUGUUGAACUCUUAAGAAGGCUUCUUUCUACUGCUUUUGAGUGUAAAAAGAUUAUGCCUACAGUAUGUACCUUACAAUGUAAAAGGGAGCUCUAUCACUAAUAAUUAGACUAUAUGUAACAACUUGAUCAAAAGUGGAAAUAAUCUAUUUUAAUUGAUGGAGAAAAAGAGCAACAUGCAAACCAACGCUAGUAUUUCAUAAAAGAAUCUGAAAUGUAGUUCCAUUCUUUUUUUAAGAACAACAAAAACUUUCUUGGAGAUUUCGUUCAACUCUAUUUACUGAUUACCUACCUUUACUGAUAGUGGGCUUAUAAGAACUUAUCUGUUCUAAGGGAUGCUAUUUCCCUUUAUUUGUCCUCUUGAUAAUGCUUACAGCAUAUGCCAGGACUCUUUCCUGUAAAGGAAAUGUGGAUCGCCUUAGAAAUAGUUUUAUUAGCCUAUACAUGCCUGCAAAUUGCUUGAAAUAUCUUUGAUUAUCCACAAUUAAAUAGAAAUAAAGUAAACAAAUAUACCACUGCUCUUGUUCUCUGACAGUUCAAUUUCAAGAUUUUCAAAAUUAACCAGACUAGUUUGGGUAUGUUAAGACUUGCCCUAUCCAAUGGCAGUGCAGAUCACAGACCAAUUUCAGAACAGUUUAGUGCUAGCCAAAACAGCAGGAGCAGGUUGUUUCAAGCUUUGGAAAACAGUUAUGAAAAUAUUGUCAUCAUCUCCAGAAGUUUCUGAAUGGCUGUCCUAUGAAAAUAAUAUUAAUCUGUUUGAUAGAGGCACCUUACAAUAACUGUUAAAAUCAGCUCAAUUGUUGCUGUAUUCCUUUAAAGAAUAAGUACUUUGUUGUAAAGCUUGUUGCUAAUCUUGUUGUAAGACUUACUGUUGCGGAGGGAAAACUGAUUGUUUUUCACUCUCUUAACAGUUCUAGUUCUGUUGGAACGUGCCUCUAUCAUUCACCAUACUGCAUGCAAAAAUGUUAUGCAACGAUUGUAGAAAAUAAACUAUUUCUAAUGGGCGAAAACAGUGUGAAUGUAAAACAAUUAAACAAGGAAUGUGCAGUUAAGUUCUCUGUGUUAUGCUUUAUCAGGUGUUUGUGGAGACCUAGUUCAAAAAAUGAUAUAUUUGGUAGCAUCUUUUUUUCAAGGCAGGCUUUGUAUUAGUGUAGUUGGCAUCUAUAAUUCUCAAAGAGCUUCCUGGGAUCUUGUAUACAUGGGAAAGCCAGUGUGAAGUACCCAAGGAUGUGAACAUUUCUAUGUUGGGAUGAAAUGGGUCAUAGUUUG